GAAGAAGCAGCAGCUUCGGAGAAGGAAGAAGAAACCCGAAAUGAAAGCGGUGCCGCCAGCCUCCGUUCACACUUGUUGAUUAACGUUUAUCUCCUGCUCUGCACGGCCGACUGUUGGACGCCCCCCUCCCCCCGGUUUGUCACAUGUUUCUCCCGGUGUGGAGCUGCUGCUUCAGGCUGUGAUUCUUACUGAGCGCUUUGACUGAAAACAACAUCACCCAUCCGUUUCACAGACUCCACGCUGCCGUCUCCGCGUCCUGCUUCACCGGAUCACUAUUUCAUCUUUUAUUCACCCGGCUUCCCCGGCAGGGAACUCCGGGAAUCACACCGAGCACGGCGCCCUCUCCCCCGUGCAGCGCCGCUGGGUGGCACCGCUGUCUCCGGGCGGAGGGACACUGAUCUCGGCGUGGUGGACGACCUCUUCACCGUGAGAAGACGUCGAAAAGGCUCGAAAACCGAACACUGCUGCCUCCCUGGAAAACCAGGUCUGUGAUUUAAGAAGGUGGAUACACGGUUAAUGUUUGAGGAGUUGGAUAUUUAGCUAGCUUAUGAGGCGGGAAGCUGCUCGAAACACACCGACCGCGGCGCCCUCUCCGCCGGGCAGCACCGCUGGGUGGCACCGCUGGGUCCGGCCGGUGGGAUGAAUCCUCUGUGGGGGUUAGCAAAGCCACAUUAGCCAGAAAACGAAUCUGGUUUGGAUCAACAUCCUGACCCGUUAGCCUAGUCUGUGUUUCUGGACCUGCAUAAUUCGCUUCUAAAGCGGAGAAGCUCCACGACACACACCGAGCACGGCGACCGUUCGCCGGGCUGCGCCGCCGUGUCGGGCACGGGGGGAUGUCUCGCCGCUGGGGGUGGAAUAUUUUCUAGAAACCCAGGCUUCUCUGCCUCAGACGUGAAGCUAGUGAUACCCUGUGCGGCCACCCCCCUGUCGGUGAGUUUGUGUGGAAAGAUAUGGCCGACUCUGGCCGGGGCAGGCCAGCGGACCCUGACGCCGCGAACAGCCGGACAGCGAGCCCGCUGACGGUGAAGAAGAGGGCGCAGCAGUCUCCCGGGAACCGGCCCAAGUACCAGAGCCCCGCUCCGGGACACUGCUUCAAGAAAGUCACCCUGACCAAGCCCACCUUCUGCCACAGCUGCAGCGACUUCAUCUGGGGGCUCAUCGGCUUCCUGUGUGAAGUGUGUAACUUCAUGUGUCAUGAGAAAUGCCUGAAGACGCUGCAGUCGGUUUGCUCCUGCAUGACUCCAUCUGCGGUGCGGGUGCCGGUGGCUCACUGCUUCGGUCCGGCAGGUCAGAAGAAACGUUUCUGCUGCGUCUGCAGGAAACAAACGGAGGGAAGCACGGCGCUGCGCUGUGAAGUGUGUGAGCUGCAUGUCCACGCUGACUGUGCUGCCUUCAGCUGCGCUGACUGUCGCAGUUGUCACCUGGACGGGAAUCUGGAGCAGGAUACGUUUCACCACCACUGGAGGGAGGGAAACCUCGCGUCAGCAGCGAGGUGUGAGGUGUGUCGGCGUUCCUGCGGUUCGUCCGACGUCCUGGCGGGGAUGAGGUGCGAGUGGUGCGGCAUCACGAGCCAUGCGGCGUGUUACCUCAGCGUGCCAGCAGAGUGCACUCUGGGACGUCUGCGCUGCAUGCUGCUGCAUCCGGCCUGCGUCCGCCUCGACUCCAGAAACUUCAGCAAGAUGCACUGUUACCGUAUCACAGAGAGCUGCAGCCACGACCUGGAUAACUCAGAUGAUGUGGAUCCGUCGGCCGUGGUGUCUAAGGACGGUCAGCCAGCUGCUCCAGAGUCAGGUAAACAGUUUCUCAAGGUGUUUGAUGGUGAUGACGCAGUGAAACGGAACAACUUCCGACUGGUGUCCAUUUUUCGGGCCACGAGGAACGAAGACGUGGUGGAGGCGGCACUGAGGGCCUUCUACCUCCCCGAUGAACCUCAGGACUACGAGCUGCACGAGAUCGGCGGUCUGCAGCGUCUCCACAGCGACGACAUCCUGAACCGUAACAGCGGUCCGGACAACAGGAGCUCUCUGAAAGACGGAGGUGACGCCUGGCUGCUGAGGGCCAAACCCAGAGACUCUGAGGACAUCAAGGUGUACGCCACCUGGCCCAGGUCGGGCGCAGAUUUUGUCUCCGUCUCCGUCUCCAAGGACAGCACGGCAGCUUCAGUGCUCCCUGAGGUCCUUGCUCAGCUGGACAGACAGGGGGAGGACGUGUCCGGCUUCAGCCUGCUGGAGGUCUGCAUGAGCAGCAAGCAAGUGCAGAGACAGACACUGACGCCUCAGGAGAAGAUUCUGGACAAACUGCAGGAGAUCAGGAAGUUGUCUCUGCGUCAGAUGAACCAGACUCGGUUCUACGUCGUGGAGAACGGGAACCGAACGGUGCGGGUCGGCCUGCUGAUUGGGGGGCUGCCCCCCCUCCUGACCAAAGAGGAGUACGUCCAGCUGAUCCAGGAACACCUGACCAUCAAGAGCCACCUGGUCACCAUCAGCCACUUCUAUCCCAGUCAAGGUGCAGUGGUGUUGCAGAUCUCGUGUUUCUCCGAAGCAGAGAGGAUCUACAUGUUGGCUAAAGACACGUCUGUCAACAGCAAGACGCUCACCUCCCUCGUCGUCCCAGAGAUCAUGCACAACAAUUUGGCGGAAGGUGUGUGUCCCCUGCUGGUGUUUGUCAACCCGAAGAGUGGAGGUCUGAAAGGCCGUGAGCUCCUCUACAGCUUCCGGAAACUUCUGAACCCGCACCAGGUCUUUGACAUUUCCAACGGGGGACCGCUGGCUGGACUCCACACCUUCAGGGAGGUUCCAAGGUUUCGGGUGCUGGUCUGUGGGGGCGAUGGGACAGUGGGCUGGGUGCUGGGAGUCCUGGAGGCGGUCCGACACAAACUGGUGUGUCGAGAGCCGCCCAUCGGCAUCGUACCUCUGGGAACAGGUAAUGACUUGGCUCGUAUCCUGCGCUGGGGGCCGGGUUACAGCGGCGAGGAUCCCUGUCACAUCCUGGCCUCUGUGGACGAAGCAGACGAGGUCCUGAUGGACCGGUGGACCAUCCUGCUGGAUGCCCAGGAAAUGUCUGAGGACGGCAAGGACAACGGCUUCCUGGAGCCGCCCAAGAUUGUACAGAUGAACAACUACUUUGGCCUGGGCAUCGACGCAGAGCUCAGCCUCGACUUCCACCUGGCCCGAGAGGGCGAACCAGAUAAGUUCACCAGCAGGUUCCAUAAUAAAGGAGUGUAUGUGAAGGUCGGUCUGCAGAAGAUCAGUUACACCAGGAGCCUCCACAAAGAGCUGCAGCUUCAGGUGGACACUCAGAACGUUCCAUUACCCAACAUAGAGGGACUGAUCUUCCUCAAUAUACCCAGCUGGGGUUCAGGUGCUGAUCUCUGGGGGUCAGAGGUCGACAGUCGCUAUGGGAAACCGAGCAUCGAUGAUGGUUUGCUGGAGGUGGUUGGGGUCACUGGGGUCGUCCACAUGGGCCAGGUGCAGAGCGGCCUCCGAUCUGGGAUUCGUAUUGCUCAAGGGAACUACAUCAGGCUGACAGUAAGUAAACCCAUACCUGUCCAGGUGGACGGAGAACCGUGGGUCCAGCCACCGGGACACAUCAUCAUCUCUGCUGCUGGACCAAAGGUCCGGAUGCUGAGGAAGUCCAAACAGAAGCAGAAGAAGUCAUCGGCUGGCGUGAAGGACGGACGUUCAGAGAGUCCUUCUGCUAGAGACGGAGGACACUGACCGACCCACCUGAACAUCACUGUCCUGCCAUUUAUCUGCUUCCUGCUGCACCUGAGAAGCCAUUUUGGUGGGAUCAGCCAGCCGUGAUUACACUCACGCAGCUUUGUAGCCACGGCGACGGGCCGCAGAUCGACCUGGAUCGCUUCACGUUUGGCCUAGUUGAGGUCACAUUUCCUUCUUGCUGAUUAAGUACUUACCAGUUACAGAGUUCACAAUAACCAUGGUUAAUAUUUAGCACCUAAAAUUUGCCUUUUUACUUAAAAUACAAGAUAGUAAGUAUCUAAUACAUUCGUAAUAGAAUGACAUUAAUCUGCAAUGAAUGAGAAAGAGCUGAUAUUGAAUUCUGACAAUUUCCCAGUAUGGAUAAGCUUCAGAGUUGAGCAGAAACAAAUCUUGAGAAGUAUUUAACAGAAUGUGACUGUUUUUGUACAGUGAGUAUCAGUAGACUCAGUGUCAGUUCAUAUAUUGUAAAAACCUAAGUUGUGAAACAUAAUGUGCAGCUAUAGAGUGAUCGUGACCUUCAUAUUGGUCAUUUUGACGGAAAAUAUGAAGAAACCGAAUACUGGAGCACUCCGCAAGAGGCUUGACAGGCAGUUCUUUAGCAGCUGCAACCACGUUAUGUUUGCUCUCCUUCUUCUUUACUGACGGUUUUCUGAAUGUCAGUGGAAAAUGUUGAUGCCGCGGUGAAGCUCUCCAGAGCUAAUGAGCGCGCAACGUCAAACAGGAAAUCCCUGAUUCUCUGAAGCCGCAGUGACCACUGUGCAGCUUCAGUGUGCAACUGGAAAUUUCACACAAGUCAAGGGAUUGAUUGAAAAAUAAAAUUUAAUGAGUCUGAUAAAUUGCACAGAGCGUUACAUGGAGAUAAACUGUAAAGCCUGAAGCACAGUUCGUAUUUUAACAGAGAGGAAGCUUAUUCUUAAUACUUGUUGCUACUUUGACAACAAUACCGACUGUAAUUACUGUAUAUAUAAGUCCUGCUGUCAAAGUGGUGUCACCAAAUUUGUGUCAUCUCAAGUUGAUAAGAUCUACAUAGCUCUUGCUUGUGACUUGGACAGACGGACAAAAAAAUUCUGGCAGCUAUAGCAAACGUGUCAGCUAUUACGUCUAUCGUUUCAAGUACUUGGAUCAUUCUGCAAUUAAGUUUUUUGAUAACGCACCCUGCUAAAAAGUCAGAAAAACUAAAGUGUAAAAGAAAAGAUGCUGUAGUAAACUGCAGUAUAUAGUUUAAAAUAAAAUUGGUUAUGGCUGAGCAAUCAUAUCAAAAGUUCAACAAAUGAUUAAGAUUUUACAGAGUGGUGACAAAGAUGCGUGCUUAAGCAGAAAAUUGUUCAGCAUUAGCAAAAACAAGCUAGUUAAAUUCUUUAUCAGUUAAAUGUUACGUUAUUUUCUAGACCACUUUAGUCAAAUUUGUAUUAUUAGCUUCUAGAAGACGGAGAAACAAAAUGAGAAUAAAUUGUAGUGAUGUGUUACUUAUGGUGUUGUUGUAAAAGUAGAGGAUGCCGCUAGAGUUAAAAUCUUUUUAGUCUUCCUGUUACUACGAUAGAAACUGUGUUGCAGCUUUUCACAGCGUUUUCAGCUAAUGCUAAAGUACACGCCUGACAUUUUUCUUCUUUGUCUUCCCUGAUAGCAGUUAGUUCUGUUGUUAAAUUGUAAGAGCAUUUUACAGAUAAAGUGUAUGAGGAUGGAUCUGAAGGUUGGUGGUGUCCAGUCCAGUGAGCAGCAAACCCAAAAUGUAUAGAAGACAAAUCUCCAGUAUCUCUAAAAAAAAAAAAUAAAAAAAAAGCUAGAAAUUGUUAAAAGGAGAUUUGUGCCAUCGGUGGCACCCAAAAGUAGCAAGAGAACUAGCUAGUCAUGUGUUUAACUACGUUUCCACCUCUGUAGGUUUUUACAAACAGGCUGCCAAAAUAAAAACUUAAAUUAGAAAGUCAAUGGAGGAAAAGACUUCUUAAACUGUGGGAACAAUAUGUUCCACUGUGACUGAGGCACUGCUCGUAUCUGGUGCUACAGUUAGCACCAAAUUAUCGUUUUGGUAAAAUAGUGUAAGAUAAGAUAAGAUAGAAAAUAGUGUAGUAACUAGGUCCAACUAGCUAGUUUUCUAGGUAGUGUCUGGUGCUAGCUGCAUUACCAGGAUGGUGAACUAGUUGCCGCACUAGCUUACCAAAACAAAAUUAAAACAAAAGUUGAAUAAUUUUUAGGGGGAAAAAUAAAUCAAGGGUAUAAAUUUACUAAACUAAGCUAAACUACACUAGCAUUACUGACCUGGGGAGAUAGUUAGCUGGUUUACUAGCAAACUAGAUGAAACUAACUAGACUAAAUGAAUCCAUGUAUUUUUUUAGGGGAAAGAGAACAUAAAUUGAGGCUGUACAUUUACUGAAAUGGGAGAACAAACAUGACACAGCAAUUUCAAAAUUCCAGCUAGAAAACUAACUAAAACUAGCAACAUUGCUAGCAUAACAACCAACUUUGCUAGCUGACAAACUAGGUUGGUAAAACUAAACUCAGUAAAUUGGUAAUAAAUAAAAGUAAAUGAAGGGUAAAUGCAGCUAGCUGAACAGUCAGCUUGCCAAAACAAAUUAAUUUGAGAAACAAAUGAAAUAAAUCCGGGUUAUGAAUAACUAAAUUCCAAAACUUCCUAAAUUUAAUUACUUAUUUGAAGGCUUGAUUUUUAAUGUGAGGGAAAAAUACUAAACCUAAGGAGCAAUUUAUCCAAAAACAUAACACAAAGAUAUUUUAGCCCUCUAUAAAAUGUACAAUCUAAAAAACCCCAAAACCUUAAUAUAUGAUCAUUUUGAUGUGUUAAGUCUUGUACUUAUUAGCGUUGUGUCUGGUGGCAAUGCAAAUUCAUAGAUUUGACUAAAUUUGAACUUGAGACAAAAUACUUGCAUAAAACUGUAUCAAAGGAUCACAAAUGAAAAGAUCUGGCACAGAAAUGGCACAGAUUUGGUGCAGCUUAUUACUGUCGUAUUAGUUUGAUCAGGCCAAGACAACACAGACAGACCAAACGUUCCACUGCACUUUUGACGUUUGAUGUGUGAUUUCUCACAUUUAAAACCCUAAAAGCUUCAGCUGCCGGUUUAUGCUCAGACGGCCUCUGACAGAAGGACUGAGGACGAUUUUAUGACAGAGGCACUUCGUCCACAUUCCCAGAGAUGCAGGGUGUAAAACACAGUUUUUAAACGAUGGUUAAAGCAGGGAUCUCAUGCUGAAGGUCCCAGCCCUUGAUGUAGCCACAACAGUAUUUGAUCACUGUGCUUUGGUUGUAAUAUUUGGAUUUUAAAAAAAAAUCCAAGAUCUGCAUUGACUGAUUUAUUUUGAUGUUUUUGGUGCUAGACGAUAACACUUUGUUCUGUGCUUGACUUGAGAUUCGUGGAUCAUGUUCAAAGCCUCAAACCAGAGUUCAGUGGGAUGUUGUGGGAGGACUAAUGCAGGUUUUCUGAAUGCAUCUGAUGCAGGUGGAUUCAUGUGCUGAACAUGAUGGACAGGAGGGUUUCUGGCUUUGGAUAAACAGAGGUCUGAGAUCAGUUGCUGGUAAAUCGGUGGCAUUAAUUGCUCAUUUUAAUGGACUGUUGAGUAAACUGCUGAGCUUCAUCCGCAGUCACAGUAGCUGAGUAUUUUUAAGAUGUACAGAUAUGAGAUACUGUCAUAGUGUUUUAUUUCAUGCAUGAAGUACUGUAGUUCUGCCUCCAUGUAGAGCUGAGUGUCGUUCUUCAUUCACGCUGGUGAUUCAGUACGUUGCUGUUACACAACCAGAACUGCUGGUUUUACAUGUUUUAAAACAUUAACUGCAUUCGCUUCA